AAACUUAAACAUUUCUAUAUUUUAAAUUUAUUCAGUCUGAGAGACGUGAUUUUGAGAGAAAUGCGAAUGGUUUUCAGAGAGUCUAUCAGUUGUCAUCGUAUUUGCAUAUCAUAUACAAGAAAGCCAUAAAAAAUAAACUGUUAAUUAAUAAGAACUGAUAAACCUAAUGGGAUGGCCCUCAUCAGAAAUAUUGACUCUCAUUAUUAAUUAACUUUUUACAGCCCCCACGUCCCAUCGAGCCAUGGGAGGAUGUGAUGGACGCCACAGCAGAGAAGAUCGGAUGUCCUUCGGUGGUGUCAAUGGAAUCCCUCCGAAAACUGGACGAUGUGCUCGACGUCGAGGACUGCUUGACCAUGACCAUUACCACGCCAAAUGUGACUGCCCGCCUUCCUGUCCUGGUGUACAUUCACGGCGAGUACCUCUACGAGGGCAGCAACUCGGAGGCGCCACCGGAUUAUCUGCUCGAGAAGGACAUUGUGCUAGUCACGCCGCAGUACCGCCUCGGUCCUUUUGGUUUCCUGUCAACGAAAACGGAUGAGAUUCCCGGCAAUGCUGGCUUCCUGGACAUUUUCCUGGCACUGCAGUUUGUUAAGCAUUUUAUCUCAAACUUUGGCGGCGAUCCCGAACGGGUUACGGUGGCUGGCCAGGUAGGCGGAGCAGCCAUUGCCCACCUGCUCACACUCUCGCCGAUGGUACAGCGCGGUCUAUUUAGCCAGGUGAUUUAUCACUCGGGAUCCGCUAUUAUGCCCAUCUUCCUGGAGGAGGAUCCCCGGAAGCAUGCCCACGAGAUUGCCAAGAAGGCCGAUUGCCAAAUGGUGACCGUUCGGGAUCUCAACUCUUGUCUCAUGGAUCUCACGGCUAUGGAGUUGCUUACCGCCUUUAUGGAGCAUGCCCUCGAGAAAUCAGACCUGGGAAUUGGACACACUGGUGGCAUUCAGUUUACAAUUGGUGGACCUAGUGGUGUGUUGCCAAAGCAUCCUUAUGACCUUAUGCUGGAGUCCAACUUCUCUUAUCCGGCUAUGGGAGGGUGCCCAAAAAACGCUGGAACUCGAGUGCUCAACGAGAUUGUGGACAACGAUUUUGAGGGAAAGAUACCGGAUGAUGAGUAUAAUACCUACAACUAUAUCGACCAUGUGAUACGCCAAGUGGUGGGCACGGAUAAGACCAUGCUCCUUACCAGUUUUGUCACCCAUGAUUUCUUCAAUCGUCAUCUGCUGGAAAAUGGCACCUUUCAUACCCUGAUCCCUAGACUUAUUGAUGUGGCUGGCACUUUGAACCACAAGCUGCCCGUUCUGUUGGCUCUGAAUAUGAACAACAAGCAUAAUCCGCACAACACCUUCCUCUACUCCUUCGAAUAUGCCGGCGAGUUUAAUCGGUAUAAGGAGAUGGAUGAGGAGACCAAUAUGCAGAGUCCUUUCCGGGCAGGAGUCUCAUUAACCGAUGAGGCUCUCUAUCUUUUUCCCUACCCUGACCAUGUGAAGCGCCUUAGUCCACCGGAUGUGACCAUGGCUCGCCGCAUGGUCGAUCUCUGGACGAACUUUGUCAUUACUGGAAAUCCCCUUGGUUCCUAUCGCUCUGGCUACUGGCCACCCAUGACCACGCUCUAUGGUCCUUAUAUGAAGAUCGACGAGACUCUGACCAUUGGAGGCAAUUACUUUACCGAGUUCUCGGCCACCUUGCGGGACGAGGAUGAAGGCCAUAGCCUGGUCCGUGAGAUUUAUUACCUGCGCAGCCGCAGCCGGAAGCAGGCGCUGGCCAAGCGUCGAAAAGCAUUGGCGACCUCAUCCGCCAGCAGGAUAAAGAAGCUCCAAGGUCGCAAGAGUCUGGUGAAGCGGCCCAGCCGGAACAAGAUACGAUUUUUUUAAGUAGCUCCACUUAGAACUAGGUUUAGAAUUUUAGAACUUAUUAUCCCACAGGUUAA